GAUUCUAGUUGAUGGAACCCAGAUGGUUAUGUCUCCAAAUACGUUCCCCGGCAGUCCUAGAAGCUGUAACCUGCGGAGCUCCCCAGCCAACUGGACCGUCGCAUCCGGCUUAGCUUGGGCUGAGAUUAGAUGGUUUCGUCGAUCAGUUUCUGGUGUAUCAUGUAUAAGUGAACGCGCCCGCGGGCGCAAACUAACAUGUCUCAACAAAAGAGUCCGUCUGUAGUGUGCUACCAGGUUCGUACCGUGAACCCAAAGAAGUCAUGAUGUUAUUCGGAGCUUUGUUAUCGGUGCUCCUCACUUCCCUAGAUUCCGUUCGAGCCCAGUACCCGGUUUCCGUUCAAGCUCAGUAUCCGGAUCCCGGUGCGUGCUCCGGUGAAUGCUUUACCCAUGACCCGGCCGUCAUAAAGCGCGCUGAUGGCAAGUACUUCCGAUUUUCGACCUUAGACCUGAUCGGUAUCUCGACGGCGGACAACUUAGCGGGGCCGUGGACACGGAGUGGAAGUGUGAUUCAGGGUGCCAGUGUCAUCGACAUAGCAGGAAAAGACGUGCUAUGGGCCCCUGAUGUUGUCUACAUCCGUGGCAACUACUAUUGCUUUUACUCGGUGUCAGUGUCCUCGAGCCACAACUCAGCUAUUGGUUAUGCAAUUUCUACCACAUUGGAGUCUGGGUCCUGGAGCGAUCAGGGGGCUGUAGUUACCUCAAACAGCAACAGUCCUUACAACGCCAUUGACUCUAACAUCGUCAACGGGACCGGGGAUAACGAGUGGUAUAUCCAGUGGGGUUCCUACUGGAAUAACAUCUACCAGUCGCGAGCAUCACUCGACGGCAAAUAUGUCUUUAGAUCGGGCAACGAGCACCAAAUCGCCUACGAGCCAUCGGGGAACCACAAGAUGGAGGGCGCCUUUAUCUGGAAGCGUGACACCACCUGGUACUUAUUUCUGAGUAAAGGUAUAUGUUGCACAUACGACCCCGCCACGGAUCCGAUCGACCAGGUAUACCACAUCACGGUUUGCAAGAGCAGUAACCCUGCUGGCCCAUAUGUGGACAAGAACGGUGUUGCAUGCACCAAUGGUGGAGGCACUACUGUGCUCGCAAGCCAUGGUAACAUAUACGCUCCGGGUGGUCAGGGAGUCUUCCACGAUGACGCGCAUGGCGAUGUUCUUUACUAUCACUACCUGGAUAAAUCAGUAGGAGUGAAUUAUAACCAGUCCAAGUUCGGAUGGAACGUGUUAAAAUGGGUUGAUGGAUGGCCUACGGUAUAAUCCAUAGGGGUAAUGAGAAGCUCUAUCACUUGCUAUUCUAUCUGAUUUAUGGCUCAUACGCCAUUCUAGUCCUGCAGAUGAAGUCAGU